AAAAUACGAAAAUCAAAAAAAUAACAAGAAACAACCAACAGAAAGAAACUUAUUAAAUGGUUUUACAUCGAUUAAAGUCUGGCUAAAGGUUUAGUUGCAAUUGAGCCAGCUUAAAUAACGGUACAAAAACGCGCUAAAAAUCCUCGUCAUUUCCAUAUAUUUUGUUGAAAAACUAAAACGUUGCAGCAACAGAAUCAACCACAGCAGCCGCAAUAAAUUGCAGCGGCAGACCUAAUCGUCCAACAAAGACAAAUUGAAGAUUUGCAAAAGUUAUGUGAAUUUGACAUUAACAAAUAUCACAAAGAUCUAAUAAUUUUAGAAACAAUAGCAACAACAAAAACAAAAGCUACAACAAGCAAAACCAAUUACCACAAAUCUAAAAAGAAAUAAAAAUAAAAAAUAAAAACAAACCUGCAUAAAACAGCAUGCAACAAGCAAAAAUCCACCGAGGAAACCAACGUCAACCCAUUGAAAUAAGAAAAACGGCAACAGCAACAGAUGCUUUUGCUCUAAACUACAUGCAACUUAUGUAAUCGAUCGUAGAGUUCACACACAAACAACUGCCUGCAAUAGCAACAACGACAAAAAAGAUCUGUAAUUCACACAAGCGGAUUUGAACUGAAACGAGACGAGCCGAAAGAAAACAAUUUUAAAAACUCACAAUUGACAUUUACAAAAUACUGAAAAAAUUACAAAUUCAAUUGAAUCUUUUUCUCAUUUUCGAAAAGUAUUAAGCAAAAAAUCUGCGCAUACAAAUUCUUCCUGGAUUUGUCAAUUUCUGAUUCAUGUACUAAAACAAAUUUUAAAUAACAUUUAAUCGUUGAAUGUCAGCCCAACACUCAUGGAUGUAGAUUCUUUAAAAGGUUCGCCGUUUAAUGAAAGAGAUGAAUUUAAUGGGAAUUUAAAGGCAGCAAAUAAAAAUAAUUACAAAGAAAUUUAUUAUAUGGACGGCAAGCACGAAUCGCAGCAGCAGCAGCGUUUUAAUUUCGAUGACCCACAACAGAUAAAUUUAAAUGGUCGUCCAGUGGGUUUACGCCGGCAACCAACUAAAUAUCCCCAUGGUUUAGGCGUUUGUGUACAGACAGUCAAUGAUGAAGAGCAAUACAAUUAUCAGCAGCAACUGCAACAAGUAACUAAUUAUUCACGAGCUUCAACGCUGCGCAGCAGUUGGGAUGGUACCAAACAACAGCAGCAACAACAACAGUAUCCACAAGAAAUGAAAUGCCAAUCACACGACAAUCAACAACAGCCGCACCACCACCAGUCUCAGCGUAAAUAUCACAUUGGCAUGUUAAACAGUCCCGAAAAUUUAGCUGAGCUACAGGUGCGGCGUUAUAAAUACCCCCUCACGGGCAAUUAUUAUCUUGAUCCACAAGAAGCUUCCAAAAAAUCACCAUUAUUAACGCUUGAUUAUGCAAAACGUUUUUGCAAAUGGAAAUACCUACGUUGGCCUCUGAUAUUUACAGCCAGCGUUUUAGUCUUCUUUGGCCUAAUUACCUACAGCAUAUGGCUGCAUGACGUCAGCAUCGCUAGGGAGCGGUAUAUGCAACAACGCAAACUUAGCGAUGAUGGUGAUGUCAUUGAAAAUUCAAAUGAAAUUGUCACCGCUACUACAUUGGAAAUGACAACGCUGUCGACGUUUUCAUCGUUAUCAACGUUGGCAGCAUCGGCCUCAUCUUCCUCCUUAGCUACGGAACGUAGUCAUGGUCUACAGGAAUCAACCAUACUGAGGGCCAUUAGUACAAGGUCGCGUAUACGACCGAAAGAACAAAAGUUAACAACGGUAGAAUAUGCUCUCUCAAAAGGGGUGUUGGGUUGGGAUAAACAACGAAAAGAUGCUGUGACGGCUGCUAAAGAGGUGCCUGUAAUGGAUGUUACGACCAUGGUUUCAGAGGAAGCAGCCUUGGUACCGGCCAAUGUGGUGCGAUUUACAUCAGGUCACCAGAAUAGUUUUGGUAUACCCAUCGAAGAUGAUGAGCGAAUUUUAAGACUUAUCAAUGGGCUCUUUCCGUCAAAUCAACCUUCAACCACAUCUUCUGUGAAUAGUUUAGUGAAAGUUUCACCCACCAUACCCCCAGUUACACAAAAUAAACCCACCGCUCCCAUGACAAACAAAGCAUCAGUGCCAGAUAAUAAAUGUUAUUCCACGUCGUUGAGUAUGUGUCAAGGAGUAUUGGAUUAUGAUCUAACCUAUAAUGUAUCCAUACAAUUAACACCCGAAGAAAUCAAAGAUUAUCAAACUAUAGUGAACUCUAACUGUUCGGCCAGAUCAGUGGAGUUUAUGUGCGCUGUUUUAGAACCAGAAUGUAGGCCAUCGCAUAUAGGAAUACUGCCGCCUUGUAGGAGAAUAUGUAAAGCCAUCUUGGAAGCCUGUUCCGAAAUCAUAGCGAAUUCUGAUACUUUAACAGCAACCUUUGAUUGUAAUCUCUAUCCCGACUCCAAUGAUCCUCACCGUUGUGAAGAUCCGACCCGAAGAAAGGGCUAUUGCUAUGAAAAUGAAUUUGAAUGUUAUGAUCGUUCCUGCAUACCCCAACAAUGGCAAUGUGAUAAUAUAAAAGAUUGCGCUGUGGGAGAAGAUGAGGAUAAUUGUUUAAUAUGCGAUCAACCGGACGAGUUUCGUUGUCGUUCUAAUGAGAAAUGUGUGGCAGAGACGGCACGCUGUGAUAUGAAAUAUGACUGUUUUGAUGGUUCGGAUGAAGAUGAUUGCCAGGAGUUCGGAGAGGGUAGUUUGGAAGGAGGCCUAACUUUCGAUGAAGCCGAUAUAAAUGCUUUUCCUAGAGUAUUUUCCUAUGCCAGUAUUUUAUCGCCCAAUCAGACUAAUGAAAAAUUAUAUACUUAUAUAACUGCUGCCACAGAUGGUGAUUCAGCCACCAAAUAUACGCUGUAUGAAGUAAACAAUAGAACUAGUGGAGUAUCACAGGAGGAGGUAACCAAUUCUGUACCAGGAGAAGGUCCCAAAGGAUUUGUAAAUUUCCGCGACAGCAAGGAAAUUAUGAUGACCAGCGAUUCGGAGAAUAAAUUCAAAUUCUCCUCUGCCCGAGAAAAUCGCACAACCAACCGGUUAUCUUCGAGCACCACACCCUUACAGCCGGCUGCUUCCAACAUAAUUUCGAUUACUACAGAACCACCUAAAAUUGCACCACAACCGCAACCGUCACCAAAAGUGCCACUGGCCGCUUGUGCUGCCCAUCAAUUGCGUUGCGUGAGUGGUAAAUGCAUAACUGUUGAUCAACUUUGUGAUAAGAUAAUCGAUUGUCCCGAUGGUUUCGAUGAACUCUCUUGUACAUACAAAGAUCGUACGACAACCCAGCGCAUACGUGGCACCACUAUUCUGCCCAACAAUUAUAACAUAGCCAACAGAGAAGCUGCUGCAUCGUCUAACAGUACUAGAACGGAUAAGCGUACUAUACGCACAACAACAAUUAAGCGCAAAGUUAAGCCCUGAACGAAGUGAUAUUUAGACAGAGUGAUAGAGAAAAUAAUCAUUUGAAAUUUUGGGUAAAAGGGAAAAUGGAUGAUUAUUGAUUUUUAAAAUUGUUUAAGUUUUGAGAUUGUUUUCUUUUUAAAUAUUGUUGAUAUAUUUUUAUAUUCAUUUUAUGUAAAAAAGACAUAUACAUAUAUUUUAUUAUAUUAUUUUUAUUUUUUUUUUCUGUACAUACAUACACUAUACACAUGGCGUAAAUUAUUUAAUCAUUAAAAUAAAGACACAUGAAAUCAUAGUAAUUUUUAAGUUUAUAUGUGAAUAAAUAAAGGAAAUUUAUAUAUUAUUAAGUAAA